AUGUCAGAACAGAGGGAGUUGCCUCACUCAAUGGACAGCAGUGAUCAGGAAACUGAGCUGCCCAGGGCCCAGCUUUUUUCUGAGGAAGAAGAUGUCUACGCUCAGUUGGCUCAGAAAGAGCGAGAUUUGAUUCUUGCUGCAGAGCUGGGCAAAGCUUUGUUGGACUCAAAUCAAGAACUUCAGUCACGCUACGACCAGGUGGUGGAUGAAUAUACCCACAAAAUUGAGGAGUUGCAGCAGGAAAAAUAUGGCCUUCACCUUGAGUUGGAAAAACUAGAGACAGAAUAUCAGAACACUAUCAAAGAUUUGCAAGACGACAUAUCCACACUUCGGAAACAGGCUAGAGCUAAUGAUGAGCUUCAGCUGUCAGAGAGAGUACGGUCAAGGUCACUACGCGAGGCACAGCAGAACUCAGAUUUUUUGCUGGAACAGGUCAAAAAGGCAUCUUUGAGAGAGGAGGAGCUGAUGAAAGAAUUAGAUCAACAGAAAAUGAAAAAUGAGUCCCACUGUGCCACGAUACAGGACCAGAUUGAUCACAUUUCAAUGUUGAGAGAUCAGGUUGAGUACUUGAGUGGUCAGCUGCGAGAGUCGACUAAAAAAAUUGAGAAUCUCCAGAGAGAAAAGGAGAUUUUGAUGGGCACACUUGAGACUACUCAAGAGAACAUGCAAGUCUUGGAGGACAAGAUUUUACAGCAAGAAGUUAAGAUUCACCGCCAGGCCAAUGACAUAGAAGAACUACAAGAAUCAAAUGCUGACCUUCUUCAGCAGCUGCAGCAGCGCCAUUCAGCACAGUUCCACCACCCAUAUCAACUAAAAGCUCCAUAUCUCAGUGGUAGGACUAACAAUAGCACCAAGCAUAAUAGCAGUGGCAGUAGGCAGAACCUGCACAAUCUCUACUUUGAACUUAAUCAGGAGAAACAAAAGCAGUCACAAUCUCAUCCUCACUCUCUUCUACAUCAGCCGGUUACUCAUCAACCAGAAAUUCAUACAGUUGCAGGAGAGGAGCCAGCUGCACAAGACAGCACACGGUUAAAUGAGUGUGUUGAGUCUGGUAACAGUGAAGGUCCGACGCAGACAUCUGAGCAGUCGCUGUUUGCUGAACUCAGCUUAGGAGAUAAUACAGUUUCACGGACUAACUCCUCUCUAUUGACAGAUUUUUCUUCCAUGUGUCGUCAUAAUAGACACACAGGUGACUGUAGCAUAUGUUGUUUGAUGGAGGGAUCAAGAAAGCGUCACCACCAGAAAAUCAAUGGUGGAAGUGAUGAUGAGGAAGGCAGUGAUAGUGGGCCAAAACAGAGUGUGUAUUCAGAGUCACAGCAUAGUUUAUUUGAUCCCAGUAGAUGUUCUGCAAUUUCUGUUUUAAGUAGUGUUGGUAAUCAGAACUCUUCAGCUCUCUCUUCACAGUUUGACCCUCACAGUCACUACAGGCUGGGUGUGUGUGAGCAGUCAGAUGUGCCAGAAACAGAUCAGAAAGAGUGCAGUCAUUCUAAACACCCUGACAGUUUACCAUUGUCAGAGUUGGAAACUUGUUCUCAACACUGUUUGCCUGACAAAAGUUCUCCAGAAAAUGAAAUAGCUAGUGAACAUGACCUUCCAGCUCUGGAUAUAUCUGACAGCAGUGAGGACAGCAAUGAGAAACUGUUAUUUUCAGAACUACCGGCUAAUGUUCAUGAAUUCUGUCCCAGACAUCAAGAAAUACCAGAACAGUCAUUAUUUUCAGAGCUGUCCUCACAGCUUUAUGAUGACAAAAACGGGACUGGAUCUGACUCUUCUUCCAAUGGUAUGCUGGGUGCUUUUGACUUCUUUUCUGGCUGUGAUGGCCAGGAUGUGGAUAGGAACAGUACCGAGUCACUCAAUCGAUCCAUGGAAAUGAGAUCUCGAAUUGAAACUGACAUGAGCUAUGUCUCUGACUGGUACUACAUGACCCCUGUGACCUCUGAGAUGCUGGAAGAUGAUGAUUUUGAAUGUGAUGAUGAUGAUUUUCUAAUUGGCAAUAUGGCUGGAACUACACUUUCAAUAUCAGACAAUAGCCACGGUUUGAAUUACCGCUACCAUGGUUACUCUCAUGAUGAUGAAAACAGAACUUCUCAAGAAUGUGAUACUCAGGCCAAGGGCAAAUGUUUUUCUGCUAGAGAAGCUAAAGGCAAAGGCUAUGAUAAGCAGCAAGCACAGUUAUCUGAAGCUUGUAGACAGCUGCAGGAACUGGUGAUCAGAGUUCAAGGUGACAGCUGCUCUCCUGAAAGCCACACGCUGCGGUCUGAUGGAGAUAUCUGGGAGGCUAGCACAGACAUGCUGCUGUCUCUAGUGGCAGAAAUGAGAGUCUGCAUUGACAAGAUAACAGCCCCGGAGGUCACAGACCAGCAUGACCUACAGGUCACAGACCAACAUGUCCCUUCAGUUGACAGAUCUGCCUCUAAAGCUGACACCCACAAACAGAUCAGAAAAAGCAAAUCAUCAUCAUCAUUAGUUUAA